CUCGCCGACCCGCCGACGACAGCAACGGCAACAGGACAGAGAGCAGCAACAGCCUCACUGUGAAUUGGAAGCCUCUCGUUUAUUCUCCAGUUCUUUGUAAAGAAGGAGUUUUCGACCUUGAUCCAUGGACGACUCGUCCAUUGACCCCACCUUGCAGGCGCCCGCUCACCCCAACAAUAAGAAUAAUAAUCAUGCCAAUGUCGACGGCCAGCACCGAGCCCCUGCCCACGCGUAUCCGCAGACAACGCUGGCCCAACCAGUCCCCAUAGCCUCCAAAGGCUUUGGUUCUUCCUUCGCUCGACCGGCCUCAUCUGGCCCUUAUUCCGCGUCCCCAGCAGGCGGUGGUGAUGCAGACGAUGGGCCCCGCCGACUCCGUACUGACGUCAGGUAGCGCCGAGCACGUGGGCUCAGCAUCCGGGACCGAGUCCCACGAGUCGCCCAACGACCCCAAACGCCUCCGCGCUUGCGAUGGAUGCCGCGGCCUCAAAGUCAAGUGCGAGCAGCUUCGCCCAGACCUGCCGUGUCUGCGCUGCCAAAAGGCCAACCGGCCGUGCCACACCACGCCCCCUGCUCGGAGGCGUCAGAAGAAGAGCGACAGCCGUGUCGCCGAGCUGGAGCGCAAAGUAGAAUAUCUCACCUCCGUCUUGAUGACCGAGAGAUCCGGAGCUACCCCCAGUCGCCAGGAACCAGAGCCGAAAAAGAGGAGGACUGGCGAAGAGAGCAGUUCCGCUCUUCGUUGUCCCAGCUCUCCCGCCGUCCAUCACAUUGUCGCUGGCACUCACGCACUGUUAGUCGCAAACCCGGAUCUCGACCAGAAUCACCACGAGGAGCUCGAAUACGACCAUUCGGAAAUCGGCCGUCAUAUAAGGGAUCUCAUCGGUCAGGACACGGAGGAGCAUAUCUUCCGUCGCUAUGUUGACGACAUCUGUCCCCGUUUUCCAGCCGUGCUGCUCCCUCCAGGCAUGACGGCGGAAGAGAUGCGAAGAAAGAAACCGUUGCUCCUGCUAGCUAUUCUCUCUGGUUGUUCUACUGGCAGCGCUCUGCCGAUCCUGGGGCAGCAUGCGCAACAACGCUUGGGAGAUCUGUUUAAACACUACCUCGGCCAGCUCAUGAUCUUCAACUCCGAAAAGUCGCUGGAACUCAUUCAAGCGUUGCAGGUUGCCGUUCUCUGGUACCGACCGCCUGUGCGUUCCGAAGAGCACAACUUCUGCUUGAUGGUCAAUAGUGCAGUGGCCCUGGCCAACGAAAUGCACCUGACUAGGCCAGCAGCACCCGAGUGGAACCCGCGUCCAUCCCAGAAGCCUCAUCUCGAACCGAGUAGUCUUGAGGCGCGGCGCGCAUACCUCGUAUGUUACUACCUCACCAUGAGCAUUACCGUCGUGUUACGAUACACCCCACUGUUGCGGUGGACAGGCUACACACAGGAGUGUGUUGAGAUGCUACAGAGGGACAAGAACGUCCUGCCAUCGGACAAGCUUCUCUGCCAAUACAUCCAAUUGGCCCGCAUAACUGAGCGCAUUGUCCGCGAGUUUUCGUUGGACAAUCCCAACGAAUCCUCUCUUUUGGAUGCUGCCAUGGCCUCCUCUGUCUGCAGCCUAGACACGCAGCUCAAACUCGUGUUCGACGGUUUCGGUCCGGACAAGGAACUACCCCCCGCUUUACGCCUUGCAAUGCGUCUUACUAGUCUCGUGCUUUACGAGAUAGUUGUACAAGGCGAGCUGAACGCCUCACAAGCCGAUCCAGGUCGCGCAGCCAAUUCCCACCCCGAAAUCGUGCAAGUACUUAAAGAAAGCUUACGCGCCAUCAAAGCAGCUCUUGACACAGCCCUUGAAAUAGGCGUUGAAGAGCUUAUGAUACUCCCGGUCAUCUUCUGUGUCCGAGUGACUUCCGCGAUCGUGUCUCUCCAGAAAUUUUGGGCGUUGGUCGCCCGGUCACGCACAAUUGGCGCUCUUUUCAGGCACGAGGACGUGCAGCUCGACGAGUACAUUAAGAAAAUGCUUGCAAUGUUUAAGCAAGUUGUUCUCCGUGAUCGAAGCAGCCCCCACAGCAAGUUUUAUUUCAUCGUAAAACUCCUACAGCAGAGGAUGAAUCCAAACGAGGGCCGCACGACGGCAAUGGCAACGGCUACAAACCAGAACAGACUCCAUGUGCUCUCUGAAGCCGCCCAGCAGCAACAGCAACAGUCGCCCGCCGGCUUCGUAGGCCAGCCACAACAGCAACACCACACACCACACUACAACCCUGUAGUCGCAGGGCCUUCUCAGCAGCUACUACCACAACACAUGCAAUCCUAUGUCCAGCUCGACGACCAGCUGUUCAGGGACGCGGUAGGAAUGGGCGUUGAGUUCGACCCCCGUUUAUCCUUCUUCCAACCGGACAUGGGCGUCUUCUCCGACCCCGGUAUUCCGAACCUUGACAUGCUUGCCCACCAGUGGGCAUUCAACGAACCCCGCUUAGAAAACGGUGGGAAUAUGUACCAGUAGGCCAAGGGAGGGAACGAGACUUCCACGGCCUCGCAUUCUGGAAUAUGGGAGAAACCUGGACCAUGAAACGAGGAGAGAUCAAUGGCACGUGGA